GCCAAUCACACGUCGCAGUAAUGAGGCUAAUUAAUGAAUACAAAAUCUGGGGAAGCCGCAAAAACUAAUAACCCCGCCCAAAACCUCGGCAAAAUCGGUUGAAAGGUAGACCGAGUUCACGCUCAGCGAGCGCGCUCCCAUUGCCUUGUCCAACAAUGGAUGCGACAGCUGCCAACGGCGCAUACACUGCGCACAACCAGGAUGUCAGUCCCAACGGAACGUCAAAAUUGUCUCACCAUUCCCCAGGCGACGACGAUCCCGAACCCUGGAGCGCUGGCGAGGAUGAGAGCGGCGAAGACGGUGGGAGGAGUCAAACCGGCUCGAAGCGCAAACGCGAGAAGUUGAGCGUCAGCUGCGAGACGUGCAAGCAACGCAAAGUUAAGUGCGAUCGCGGCCACCCGGCAUGUGGCUGGUGUCUGAAGAAUCACUCGACAUGUAUUUACUUGCCGCGCAAGAAGCCUGGACUCAGAGCUGGCUAUGGGCGUGAACUCGAGGCACGCCUGGACAAGCUCGAAUCCCUCCUUGUGCAGCAGCAGUCGCAGAUCAACCAUCUGUCGCACACCCAAAUCGCAGCAUCAGGGCCAUCCCCGCAAGAAGUGGCCACUUUUCGGAGCCCCCCAGUCAUUCAGACGCCCCACAUCCCGCGCCCGGAGACUGCGCUCUUCAUACAGAAACCGCAGUCGACAUUUCCAUCCCAAAACGCGAUACAGAAUGGCUACGGUAACACGUUAGACGCCAGAUCCGCGUCAAUCUCAGGCAAUGGCUACUCUGAGGACAUGCAAUCUGGUCUGGGAGGCCUGCAACGGGAUGGAUACACACCGUUCAGCACAGACCAAUUUGCGCCGUCCAUGUCGAGAGCGCUAGGUCAGGCUGAUGCUGAUUUCCCACCGUACGAUCUCCUGUAUGGUCUGGUUGAUUUGUUCUUCAAGCACAUAUAUCCUUGGUGUCCCAUAUUGCACCGUCAGUCAACGCUCAAUUCGUUGUUUGGCGACUCGAGUUUGGAUGAGGCGGACCGUAUAAUCCUGCACUCCGUCGUGGCCACUACCGUCAAAUUCUCAACCGAUCAGCGAUUGACUCCUGAUAAGCGAGCGCGAUAUCACAAGAACUCAAAGGAGAAGGUUUUGCUCUAUGGCAUUGAGAACAGCUCUGUCAAGUCUCUACAAGCGCUCGUCAUUCUCGCGCUUGACGUGGUUGGCGGCUCGAAUGGGCCCCCAGGGUGGAAUCUGCUUGCACUCAUCACACGAUCUGUGGUGCAGCUAGGGCUGUCUAUGGAAACAUAUUCGCCAAUGGUUGCGCCACAGUAUGCGUCGAUCUACACAUUGCGCGCGAACGUACUCCCCGUCCCAAAGGAUUGGAUCGAAGAAGAGAGCCGCCGCAGGCUGUUCUGGAUGAUCUAUGUCCUCGAUCGCAAUGCUACGGUAGCAACUGCGUUUGAAUUUGCGUUGGACGAGAGCGAGAUCGAUCGCCGACUUCCCUGUCGAGAUGAUCUUUAUGCCCGCAACGUUCCGAUCGAAACCAGAUGGUUCCACACAAAGACCAGGACGGACUACAGCAUGAAUCGACCCGAAAAUCUGGGCUCCUUCUCGUACUACGUGGAGAUUCUUGGGAUCCUGACUCGCAUUCACAAGUUCCUGAAAAAGCCGGUAGAUAUCACGUCUCUUUCCGAUGUCGAGAAGUGGCAGAGUGAGUAUCGAGAGCUCGACAAUGCGAUUGAGCAAUGGAAAUAUAAUCUGCCUGCUGAGUAUGGGAACUCAGCAAGGCUGUUCUCCAAACCAGGCGCCAACCCACCGCUCAACAGUGGGUUGGUCAUGUUACACGCUGCCUUCCAUACAACCGUCAUUCGUCUCCACUCUUCGGCGGCAUAUCCAACGCAUCGUUCACCCAUUUUCACGCCUUCUUUCAGUGCCAGCCAGCGGUGUCUGAGCGCCGUGGAAAAUAUCACAGCGUUGUGCGCUUCAGUCCGCGACAAUGCGUUAUUGAACAAGCUUGGUCCACCAUUUGCGUUUUCCUGUUGGGUCGCAGCGCGUGUACUUCUGGUGCAUGGCUCAACAAUCGAUCACCGCGUCGAUACUUCAAUCAACAUCUUGGUUAGCACCCUUCAAGACCUUGGCCAAUACUGGGAGGUGGCCGCGCGCUAUGGAAACCUUCUGUCUCGCGUCCUGUCAGAAUACCAAGAGUCGCAGCAAAACGCCGGUAUGGGUGGUGAGCGAGUGACGCCUUCGACGGUCAAGAUCCUGGCUGAUAUGCGACGAUGCGCAUUCGAUCUCGAUUUCCUGAUCGCACGCCAGCCAAAGUUUGACGGCGCCGCUGGCUCUGGAAUGCCUUCUAUUACACCGGCUCGCACGCCGGCACCGAACGAAUUGGAGUACCUGGACGUCUUUGACUUCUUCAACAUGCCUCGUCUUCCAGUUUCGAUGGACACAAUAACAGCAUAUCCUACAAGUGCAGAUAACAGUAAUCUCCAGAUGGCCGAGGGAGGCUACGGGAAUGAAUCGAAUAUCACGAACUAUAUGGUGGACGCCAGCUCAGAUUGGUUUAUCAAGGGCUCUGCUUAGGGAAUUUGCUGGCUCUUCCAUGAUUCGUGCUUGAAAGUUGAAAAAGCGUGGUUGGUCUUCUGUCUUUUGGGAAUAUUCUACUUUUUUGUGCGAGUUUAGGCAGUUUCCGGUCUCUUGUGCAUACCCUUCAUAUUCUUACGCAGAUACCCCUCAUUACUCUCACGAUCUAUCAAUGUUCGGACGUUAAUAUUUUGCUCAAGCAAUACGGCAUAGCUGGGAGGUACCCAGCUACCCCAAGACUACUUUGCUACCCUAGCAAAACACUUGUUGUCUUCUACAUAUGUAUUGAGUUCCAAAUCAUUGUAGUAUCUAAUUCCAAUGCCUCUGUUGUAGAUGCUGUAGAGUAUCAACGACUUGCAGCACGCUUUUCCAGCAACCUCAACGCUCAAUGCGGGGAACGGUCCGAUACCGCCCUUUAUCUCUACACUCAUUCCGAAAACCAGC